AUGGCAAGCGAGAAUGCACCCAGCCAUCCCCAAUUCAUCUCAAAGCCCCCGAAACCCAUCCGGCCAUACAUCUGCUCGACUUUGAAUGAUUUUCAGGAAGAGAGAGACUUUUUGGCUAACAACAUCUUCCCUCAGCUUCAUGAACUUUGCAGUUCCCGGGGCACAUAUUUCAAAGCAGUGGAUCUGAGAUGGUCAGCGCUGAAGGCCCACAGGUCCUUACCCGCCAGCCUGCGCAGACAGCACGCCUGUCUCCACGCCCAACAGCUGAAGCUCUGCCUCGACUCGGUGAGCAGCUGCUUGCCCUUUUUCAUCUGCCUGCUGGGCCACACCUACGGAGACUUCCUCUCUAACCACUCGGCUUUCCUGUUCUCCAAAGAUGUCGACUUGUCACGGUUAUCCAACAAAGAACAAAAUCUCUACGUUGCGGCCCAAAACGGCUAUCCCUGGGUCCUGGAGUGCCACGACUGCAGCUUGAUGGAGUUUGAGAUCAUCCAAGCCGCAUUUCUGAAUCCAUCCCCAUUCCAGUAUUUUUACUUUAGGACUCAAGACACCCUGCCCACGGCCUCAGCCGAGGGGAACAAGAAGGUGCAGCAGCCGUCCUCGGACUCUCUGAUCCCCGGGGAGGAGAAACUGAAGAUUGGAAAGCUGAAGGCCGCGAUUAUGAGCAAAGGGCUCCCGGUCAGAUUCUAUGCCGGUCUCCAGGAGCUGGGGGAGCUGGUUCUCAAGGACUGGUCACUUGUGAUAGAAAAACUGUGCCCAGCCACUUUACUGAUGGAUAAUAUAGACUACAAGCACAGCUUUGAGCGCUUCUAUCAUGAAGAAUUCAUUGAGAAGUGUAAGACAACGGUUGCGAAUUCCAAGGAGCCAAAGAAGACCUUUGAAAUCUUGGAAAAAUUUGCCUUGAAGGAUAUGGACCUUGAUUUAAAAAAUUCAGCAGCAGGUUCCAGUUUAGACCCGGUUUUCAGAUUUUUCAGGCUGAAUUAUCUUCCAACGUACAAGUCUAUUUUGCUCUUGUCUGGAGAACGUGGUUGCGGGAAAUCCACUCUGAUUGCCAACUGGGUGGAUUAUUUCAAAAAGAAACAUCCAAGCCUGUUGCUGAUCCCACAUUUUGUGGGAAGCACCUGUGAAAGCAGUGACGUCAUGACCGUGAUCCACUACUUCAUCACAGAGCUGCAGCACAAGAGCUACGGUACUCAGCUUGAAAUGGAUGUUGUUAACGAAGAAUCAAAUAUCUUGGUCUUUUCACUUCUUGUAGAAAUAUUCAUUGCUUCCAUCAGUUUAAAGCCAUGUAUACUUGUACUAGAUGGAAUCGAAGAAUUGAUUGGCAUUUAUGGGAUUUCAGGUCAGAAGGCAAGAGAUUUCUCCUGGCUGCCACGCUCGCUUUCUCCUCGUUGCAAAUUUAUCAUGAGCACUGUCUCCUCCAGCCUGCCCUACAAGUCACUGUAUGCCCGCCCAGAUGUGAGGACUGUGGAACUCAUUAGCACGGAAGAUAACGAAAUGAAGCUCAAGGUCUUUGGACAGCACCUCUCCAUUCUCAACCAAGACCCCUUCCAACAGAGCAGACAUGCCUUGAAGAAUAAGGCAAACAGCAAUCCUUUAAAACUCCUGAUCCUUGCCAAUGAAUUGAAAGAAUGUAGAAUCUACCGCAAUGAGUUCCAGUGUAUGAGUGAGUACUUGGAGGCGACCUCUGUUCAGGAACUCUGGGGACUGAUCCUGAAACGCUGGACUGAAGACUACAGUUGGACUUGUAAGGAGGCUUCACAAGAAGGGCUGGACGGCUGGGUGACUGACACCCUGUGCUUGUUGUGCGUCUCACACUGUGGGUUGACUGAAGAUGAGCUCCUCCAGAUUCUGGACAUGCUGGGCUAUAGCAAUCGUUACAAAGUGACCACGCUGCACUGGGCUGCCUUCCGCAACGCCACCAAGCAGUGGGUCCAGGAGAAGCCGAACGGCCUCCUCUACUUCUGGCACCAGUCCCUGCGAGACGCUGUGGAGCACACGCUUCUUGGUGUAAUCACUCCUGUCAGAGAAAGCAGUCCAUAUUCAUUUCGGAAACCCACAAAUCACAGGAAAACUUAUUUCCACCACAUCCUGGUCAGAUACUUCCAGCGGCAGUCCGCCUUCUGGAGAGUGUAUCAAGAACUGCCUUGGCAUAUGAAGAUGAGUGGGUGCUGGUCGGGCUUGUGUAGCUUCCUCUCGAGCCCUAGUAUUGCAGACUUCCUGUCAAAAAUCCAAAGCCCGAGCUUCUGGACAAGGCUGCACCUCGUUCACUACUGGAAGAAGUUAUCAGAGGCUGGAUGUGAUAUUUCUGGGGCCUAUUUGCUCUCAGUGGCCAGGAUCAAAGCAGAUGAGUGCCACAAAGCGAGGAAGAGAUACACGUUCUCAGCACUGGAGUCCAGGCUUUCUGGGCUUACUGUCGUGGACAGAUGUCGCUUGUUGUUCUUUAUUGGGAGUCUUUUGAAGAUUAUGGGAAAGACCAGUGAAGCCAAAGAAUUGUUCGUGGAUGUUGAGAAUGUGUUACUGCAGAGCCGGUCCACGAAAGAGAUGCUUGUCAAAGUACAGAACGCUGCCGGAGAACUGUAUCUUGAAAUCGGCAUGACUCAGGAGAGCUGCCAGUAUUUCCAGAAAGCAUGGUCAAACCUGCUGUGUUUUUCACUCAGUGACUUAAGAGACAGCCAGGACUUGAUGAAGCAGAAAGUCAAAGUGCUGAAUAACCUGGCCAAGACAGCGUCUGAGGAGUACUUAAAGGAAAAUCAUGUUUUGGAAUAUGCUACGGAAGUUUCCAAAUUCCUGAGUAACAAUCCCUGUGAUCAAGCUACUAUGAAAUACACGGAAGGUGUUCUCAUUUUGGUUGCCGGAAAUACUUCUCUUGCAAGAGUGAAACUUCAAGAGUGCUUAAAUAUCAGAAGAAGUUUGUUUGGUGAGAAAAACAUGCGAGUUGCAGAAAUUAUGGAGUUUUUAGCAGAUUUACUGUUUUUUUCACAAAGUGAUAGUGAAAAAUCCCAAAGGAAGCAAGUAAUUGAAUACUAUAAACAAGUGAUAAAAAUCAAGGAAAAUGCAAGCACUCUGGUCAACUCCUCACUUGUCCGGAGGCAGCUGAACAUCAGCCUCAGUGACACCUUGUGUAAAUUAGCAGGUCAGUUACUGAUGUUUGACUCUUCUUAUCACGUCAUGAUGGAGGUAGCAGGUUAUUUGCACGGAUCAUUUAAUUUAAGGGCAACCAGCCUGGGGUCUUCUCAUCCAUCAGUCCAUGGAAUCCACCUUCUGCAGGAAAUUCAGCUGGCCAAGGGCAGGAGGUGUUGGCCUCAGGGUGUGAGCCACUGGAGUCUGGAGGGUCCCUGGAGUGACUCCUCACUGUGGGAGCACUUGCUUAAGUUAGACUACUGCAGCGCGCAGAGUUCUGACUCCGUGAGCUCUGCCUUGUGCGCGAACGCUCGGAAGUUACAGAAGGCCAGCAGCUGGGCCUCGGCACCUCCCGCAGUUUCAGGUAAAUCCAACUGUGCUUCUAGAAAGGGGAAACAGAUCUCGAGACCCCUGAUUUGCCUUUCUGCUAAUGAAAAGAUCCAGCGAAGGACACAAAGUCCUGUGGACACUUGGAAUGGCCCUGGGAAGAAAGCCUCAGGGCAGAAGGACAAGCGUCCCUCCACGAUUCUAUCUUCAGGGAAAAUGAGUGGUUUAGUAGAGCUUUCGAGUCCAAGGAGUUUGUCAGCCAAAAGGGAGAGCAGGGACUGCCAACUCACCACCAUCUACCAGCACCCCCUGCUGGGGCCUCCUAGCACAGAUAACCCCUGGGAACCUGGAUGUGAGCUCAUAUCAGAAAAGUGGCUUUUCCAUAGCCCAAAUUAUAGUUUCAACCCUCAGAAGUGUUUUUUGCUACAAAGAUCUCAAAUGGAAACAAGAUCGUUGAAGACCUCAAGUGGUAUUAAAAAGGAAUAA